AGACAAAUUAAAUGCAUCUCGAUAGAUAUAGCAAUCGCUUUGGCAAAACGACUAGGUGAAAGUCCUUUAAACGAAUCGAUUUUCAAGACUAUAGAAGCUGCAAGUGAUCUCCAGUCUUGGAAAAUGAGACAGCAUCUCGCCAACAACAUAUCCGAAUUCCAGAGAUGUAUUCCUUACCCCAUCUACCGCGGCAAAAUAUUGGCUCUCUUUCAAAAACUCGCCCAAGAUAUUGAUGCUACUGUUCGUACUAUCAUGGCCAAAAACAUCUCCAAAUACUGCAAAAACUUACUGGAAUCGUACACAGUCCACCCGCACCAAGAGAACAACUUCGAAGCCAUCUUCAAACAAAGCAUAAUGCCUACCAUCGAUAAGCUUGCCAUAGACGAAUACGAAGAUGUUAGAUUAGCACUUUCUUCAAAUAUAUUCGAAAUAUGUUCAAUAUUAAGUGAGGAUUGUAUUAACGAAACAAUGUUGCCAUUCCUUCAAAAAAUAUUGAUGCCCGACGAAUCUAUCGGCAUUUUGGCAAACUACUUACAGGGUUUAAAUUAUGUAUCUUCCAAAAUCGACCUCUCCAAAUCGCUAAAUAGCAUUUCGACAGUAAUUAAAACUGUCCUGACUCUAUCCCAGUCCAACUGGAGAAGUAGAAGAGGCAUCCUCACCACAUUCAUCGACAUUUCUAACUUUUGCAAGCCAGAUUAUUUCUCUAGUGAACUCAAAAUUUACUUUGCAACACUACUGGGAGAUCAGGUGUUUGCAGUGAGAAGAAGCGCUACACUUAUCGUUCCAUUUCUGGCAAAAAGAUACGGUAUCAAAUGGUCCAGAGAACAUUUAGUUCCUUACGUUAUUUCUUUCUAUCAAGAUAAAAAAUAUCUUUAUAGAUUUGUGCCUCUGUUUGGUAUCAGCGAAAUGAUCAAACCUUUCCUCUGUGAGUCUCCUGAAUCAUAUCUGAAUGAUUUCAAAAAGAUUAUAGAAGAUAAUGAUAAUAUUAAUAAUAAGAAGGCUUUGAUAUCACUGGCGAGGAUAGUUAAAACGUCUAAAGUCAUUGAAAAUAAUCUUGAAAAAGAGAAAUACAGCAAACUAUUGAGUUUCACAGACGAGUUAGACUAUGUCUCAAGCAGCGACCCUAAAAUAUAUUCUGAAACAGCUUUCAGUGAACUUCAGGAAAAAUACAAAAAAGAAAACGUGUAUUCAGUAGAACCUAUCGAUUUUGAAAAUGACCAUCAGCCGUAUCUUGAAGGAAUUCUUUUUCUUAUCCAUGAAAAGUUUUUAUCGGUCUUGGAGAUUUUAUCUAAGGACGAUAUGGAUAACAUUGCUGUAAGAGCUGUAGUAACACUUGGCGAAGUACAAGAUUUUAUAGCAAAAGUUAACAAGGAAUGUAAAGAACCCUGGGUUGAGAAUAGCUUAAAACAACUAACCGCAGAAGAAUUGUUGAAUAUCGACAACGAGUUGAAGAGUGAACUUCAAACGAAAGUACCGGAAUUAGAAGAAGUUUUGGAUACCACUUUGGCAGACAAUAACGAUACCGAAGUUGAUUUAAGUAAAUCAAUAUGCAUAGAUAACUCUGGCAUAACAAAAGACAGCGAAACAAAAGUAAAUAUUGAAUCUGUUAGUAGUAAUAUUCAACCUGAAUCCACAAUUCUAGAUGUAGUAAAUUUAAAUAAAGAGGACAUAAAAACAUCUGAGGAUAAUCCAAACAAAGAAAUACCUGAAAGUUCAAACUUGAAAGAAAAUGGUAAAAGAACAGAAAAUGUUGAACCAGCUGGUAGUAAUAUUGAAAAAUCCAAAAUAUCAGAAGAAGCAAAUGUAAAUGUAGAAGAGAAUGUAAAAAUAAUAAAAUCGCCAGAUGAUACUUCAAACAAAGAAAUUUCAGAAAGUCCAAAUUUAAAAGAAGAUGUAGUUCAAGAUAAAACAGACGAGUGCAAAUAAUGAAAGAGAUUUUGAGAAUAACUCAUAUUUAAUUUAUUCGUUAAUAUUUUAAUAUUGUAGGUUAAAAGUACACAUAUUUUGAGAUUGUUUUGUAUAUUAUAGUCGUUUAUUAUAUUACAAAAUUAAUAUUAAGUUUAUGUAAAUAUUAUCUGAUUAUAAAUAUAAAUUUAAAGUUAUUAAGAAA